AUGGAUCGUGAUUCUGAGUCGAAGUCUCCCUUGGGGGGUCAGGCUGAGGAGGUCGAGGAGGCCCUGGAUCUGGAUAUUUGGGCAGCUGCUAAGAAAUGGCAUCGCAUCGUCUGGUAUUGCUUCGGAUUGACAUCUUGCAUCAUGAUGUAUGGAUACGAUUAUGUGAUUGUCGGGACUGUCUCUGCCAUGCCUAGCUUCCAAGAAGACUAUGGCCAGAGAUGGGGUAAUGGGUGGAUUCUACCUUCACUUUGGCUUGGCUUAUGGAAUUUUGCUAGUCCAGGUGCAUCGAUGGUCGGCGCUAUUCUAGGCGGCCUCAUGCAAGAUUGGACUGGCCGACGAAUGUGUAUUGCUGUGGGCAGUUUUCUGUCCGCGAUCGGUGUCGCUAUCCUUUUUGUCUCCAACCUCCCCGCUGACAUCACUUCGAGACGCGUCGUGUUUCUAGUCGGCAAAGGCUUUCAAGGAAUGGCUAUUGGCAUGGUUCUCACAACAACUCAGACCUACAUGUCGGAGGUUUUGCCCCCAAUCUUGAGGGGUUCGGUCAUAGCAUUUAUCCCGACAUUUGUUCUUCUAGGCCAACUCAUCGGGGCAGGGGUGAUUUACGGCUGCACGAACAUCAAGGAUGGCUAUAUUAUCUGCUUCGGGACACAAUGGCUGUUCUCUGCUGUUCCUAUGGUGGUAGCCUACAUCAUUCCAGAGAGCCCGACAUAUUUGAUUCGCAAAGAAAGAUUUGGCGAUGCUCUGAAAGCACAAGAAAAGUUAUUCUCACCUGGUAUGGAUUCCCAGGCCGUUAUCGAGGAUAUCAGGCACAACAUCGAUCAUGAGAGAGAGCAAGCCAAGGCCACGUAUUUGGAUUGCUUUAGAGGCACAAACCGCCGAAGGACACUUAUCAUCAUGUUCUCAAACUUAUUGCCUCAGUUCUUUGGUCUACUUAUUCUUUCAAAAGCCAGCUACUUUGCUCAAGUUGUUGGUAUGAAAGCCAAGCUAAGUUUAAUUGUUCUGGUAUUUGGAAUCUUGGCCGGAUUUAUUGCAAAUCUGAUUAGCAUCUGGGUGAUCUCGAAAUACGGGCGCCGGCUGUUAAUAUUGCUUUCUCUGUCAGUGGCGGGUGUUCUUUGGGCAUCUAUGGGCGUCGCGGGCAUCUGGUCUGGCCCCGUAGUUAUUUGGUAUGUGGCCAUCGUCAUGAUUGUCAUCGUUGUGGUUUCAGGACUUGGCGUAUGGCCGGCAUCUUACGCGGUUGCGUCUGAAGCUUCAUCUUUAGACACUCGCGCCAAGGCUCAAGGAAUCGGCUGGUUGACAGCUGGAUUUGCUGGUGCUCUUUUUGGAUUUUGCAUUCCGUAUAUUUUCAAUUCUGAUGAGGGCAACCUGGGCGCAAAAACAGGAUUCGUUCAUACGGGGUUUUGUCUCGUGGGCGUUGUUGGAACCUAUUAUUUCAUCCCGGAAAUGAAGGAUCGAACACCAGGUGAGAUAGAUCGAAUGUUUGAGCUAAAGUUGGAUGCGAGGAAGUUCAAGUCUUGGUCGCGUUCUUCGGAACAUGAGCCUUGA